CUCGUCAAAGCGCCAAGUGUAAAGCUGGUCUCUUGCAUUCAAUGGUCUCACGUCACUCUCGCUACAUUCAUCACUUCCAUUCCAGCACCUUCUCCUUCUUUCUUCUUCCUUCUUCGUCUUCUUCUUCUUCUUCUUCUUCGUGGUCGUUGUUGAGGACGUGACGAAGUUAUUCUGGUCUGGUCGGUCUGGUCGCGGAUUCAUUGGUACGUGCGGAAUUUUGGUUUCGGUGGUGCUGAAGAGAGAGAUAGAGAGAUGGGGAGCUCGGAGUUCACGUGGAAGCUGCCGGAUCACCCGAGGCUGCCGAAGGGGAGGACCGUGGCGGUGGUGGUGCUGGACGGCUGGGGCGAAGCCGAACCCGACCCGUAUAACUGCAUCCACGUCGCCGAUACUCCUGCCUUGGAUUCUCUCAGAAAGGGUGCUCCUGACAAGUGGAGAUUGAUAAAGGCUCAUGGAACUGCGGUGGGGCUUCCCACGGACGAUGACAUGGGCAACAGCGAGGUCGGUCACAACGCCUUAGGCGCCGGGCGCAUUUAUGCGCAAGGUGCAAAACUUGUUGACCUAGCCCUAGCUUCUGGAAAAAUUUACGAAGGAGAAGGUUUUAAGUAUAUAAAGGAGUGCUUUGAGAAUGGAACGUUGCACCUAAUUGGGCUAUUAAGUGAUGGUGGUGUUCACUCUAGGCUUGAUCAGUUGCAGUUGCUUGUAAAAGGGGCUGCCGAGCAUGGAGCUAAAAGAAUACGAGUUCAUAUUCUGACUGAUGGCCGUGAUGUUUUGGACGGUUCAAGUGUGGGCUUUGUAGAAACUCUUGAAAAUGAUCUUGCAAAGUUACGUGAAAAAGGAGUUGAUGCACAUAUCGCGUCUGGGGGAGGUCGCAUGUAUGUGACCAUGGACCGUUAUGAGAACGACUGGAAUGUGGUUAAACGAGGAUGGGAUGCGCAAGUUCUUGGUGAAGCUCCUUAUAAGUUUAGAAGUGCUGUUGAAGCAGUAAAAAAGCUCAGGGCAGAGCCUAAUGCCAACGACCAAUAUUUGCCUCCUUUUGUCAUUGUUGAUGAGAAUGGAAAGGCUGUUGGUCCCAUUGUGGAUGGUGAUGCUGUUGUUACGUUCAAUUUUCGAGCAGAUCGUAUGGUCAUGCUUGCCAAGGCACUUGAAUAUGAAAAUUUUGACAAAUUCGAUCGGGUUCGCUUUCCAAAAAUUCACUACGCCGGAAUGCUUCAGUAUGAUGGUGAACUGAAGCUUCCGAGCCAUUACCUUGUCUCUCCACCAGAAAUCGAGAGGACAUCCGGUGAAUACUUAGUUCAGAAUGGUAUUCGAACAUUUGCUUGCAGUGAGACUGUCAAAUUUGGUCAUGUGACAUUUUUCUGGAAUGGCAAUCGGUCUGGCUAUUUUAACCCCGAAUUGGAGGAGUAUGUUGAAAUCCCAAGCGACACAGGAAUUCCAUUUAACGUCCGCCCAAAGAUGAAGGCAGUAGAGAUUGCUGAAAAGGCAAGGGAUGCCAUUCUCAGUAGAAAAUUUGACCAGGUGAGGGUGAACCUACCGAAUGGUGAUAUGGUGGGGCAUACUGGAGAUAUGGAGGCGACGAUUGUUGGAUGUAAGGCUGCUGAUGAGGCUGUCAAGAUUAUCCUAGAUGCGGUAGAGCAGGUCGGUGGAAUUUAUGUUGUUACAGCAGACCAUGGGAAUGCCGAGGACAUGGUGAAGAGGGAUAAAUCCGGGCAACCCCUAGUCGACAAGAGUGGCAACAUUCAGAUUCUUACUUCUCACACCCUUCGACCGGUGCCGAUCGCGAUCGGAGGGCCAGGACUGGCACCAGGUGUCAGGUUCCGCCGGGAUUUGGCUGAGGCUGGGCUCGCCAACGUCGCCGCCACCGUGAUUAAUCUUCACGGGUUCGAGGCUCCCAGCGAUUACGAGCCCACCCUCAUCGAAGUUGUCGAGUAACCCUGAGCCUCUGCCAAACUCAAAUCACAGAGCUAAUGUGCAUAGUUUCGUAUUGUAACUAGUCUACUGUCCAUGGUAAAAUAAGCUAUUGGUCCUCCCGGAGUGUAGGGAACUCUUUUGGAGCCUGAGCAGUUCAGCCUCCGGUUGGCCAUGUUUAGCAAGUUAAUAGCAAUUAACUACGGCUGAUUAACAGUGGUCCUAUAAGAUAAAAGAACAGAUGUCUGGGCAUCUCCUUCCAUCUCGUGCAAUCUUAGGUUGACUUAUUCAGAAAAAGAGUCAAAUUCAUUCUUGCAAGUAA